UUGGCACUGUCUCUUCUCUCACACACUCACAUCCGCAACAAAUAUGGCAGACGAGUUGGAUGUUGUUGACAUCGAGGGGGAUGAAUGUGAUGAACGAGUCGGUGACCUAAGCAGUGCUGAGGUUCUCCAGGAUCAAUACUUGCAGUCUGCAUGGAAGACGAACAGCAGUGUACUGCCGUGGACGCUGGACAGUUCCAUCAGCGAUGAGAACAGAGAGGCCAUUGAGAGCAUGUUGCUGGAGGAACAGUAUUAUUUUGCCAGUAAGAAAGCACCAAAGGUAGCAUGGACCAAUGAGAAGACCAAAGUCAAAAGGUCAUUGGUGAAAAGUUCUGGAGCACAAACUCGUUGGGCUGAAGAGGAGAAAGAUCUCUUUGAGAAAGGACUGGCUCAAUUUGGCCAGAGAUGGACCAAAAUCGCCAAACUGAUCGGCACUAGAACGGUUCUACAGGUGAAGAGCUAUGCUAGACAGUACUUCAAAAAUAAGCCUAAAACAGACAAACCUGUCGACGUGCCCUCCUCUAAUGUGACUUCAGACACCACGUUGGUCCCCUCGAUCCAGCCUCACGUCUCAGCCCUGACCAAUGCUGUACGCAUCGAGCGACUUUCUGACGAUGAGGACGUUGACAUCACCGAUGACUUCAGUGAUGAUUGGUUUCAGUCUGAAUUGAAGCCAGAGUCCUCAGGCUCCUUAGAUUGUGACCAUCAAGGAGAACCCAGUCCAAUGACACCCCCAUCAGACGUACUUUUAAACCCUCUCUCUGAAUCAGGAUCCAACGCUGCAGAAGGAGACACUGAUUCAGAUGGAAACGCUAACAUCCCUCAAAUUGCUAUUGAUCCAGAUCCGGAGGAGGCAAGUGGGGCCUUCAUCUCAGGCAAACACAGCCUGUCUGGGGAGGAGAGCACUGAAGGAAAAGAUAAGAUUGAAUCAGGUCCUGAGGAGGAGGUGGAGGAAGACCAGGAGGAGGAGGAAGAGGAGCUGAGAGCUCCUGAACAGGAGGUUAUAUUGGACUUAAACACAAUCACAGAAGAGGAGCGGCAAGCCAUCCCAGAAUUCUUUGAGGGGCGUCCAUCAAAAACACCGGAGAGAUAUCUAAAAAUUCGCAAUUUCAUCCUGGACCAGUGGGAGAGAAGUAAACCCAAGUACCUGAACAAGACAUCAGUGCGUCCAGGCUUGAAGAAUUGUGGGGAUGUCAACUGCAUCGGUCGGAUACACACUUAUCUGGAGCUCAUAGGAGCUAUUAACUUCAACUGCGAUCAGGCGAUAUAUAACCGUCCGCGGCUGGUUGACCGCUCUCGGCUAAAGGAAAGCAAAGACAGUAUGGAGGCGUAUCAGCUUGCCCAAAGACUGCAGUCUAUGCGCACAAGAAAGCGUCGCAUUCGGGACGUGUGGGGGAAUUGGCGUGAUGCCAAAGAUUUGGAGGGUCAGACGUAUGAGCAUCUGAGCGCAGAGGAGCUGGCCAUCAGAAGAGAGGAGAUGAAGAAGAAAGGACCAAAACCAUCUAAACUACCCAAACAAAGAGGCUCUUUUGAUCCAUUCCAGCUCAUUCCCUGCAAAGCUUUUGGAGAGGAAAAACAGGAACCUUUCAGAGUGAUCGUUUGUGCCGAGGCUCUUGUUGUCAUGGACAUACAUGCUCAUGUGUCAAUGGGAGAGGUUAUUGGCCUUCUAGGAGGAACAUAUGAAGAAGAAGAGAAGGUGUUAAAGAUCUGUGCAGCAGAACCAUGUAACAGCCUGAGCACAGGUCUGCAGUGUGAGAUGGACCCCGUCUCUCAGACUCAGGCCUCUGAGCUGCUCGGGGUCAAAGGUCACAGUGUGGUUGGUUGGUACCACUCUCAUCCAGCCUUCGACCCCAACCCCUCCCUCAGAGACAUUGACACUCAGGCUAAAUACCAGAGUUAUUUCUCUCGAGGAGGUGCUCCAUUUAUCGGGGUGAUUGUCAGCCCGUAUAACCCCAGUAACCCCUCGCCCCUUUCUCAGACCACCUGUCUGCUGGUAGAGGAGGAGAGCGGACCCUCUGGAUCUCUGAGGUUUCCAUACCGGUUUAACAUCCAGUACUCUUCUGAGCUUCCUGAUUGGUCGGAAGUGAUGAGAAGAGCAGAAUGGGUUGUGUUUAAGUACAGGCUGUGUCAUGGGAGUGUACCAAUGGGCAGGCUUUUCCGCAGAGAUUCUUCUCUGACUUGCCUGGAAAAGAUGCUGAGAUCAAUCCGGAAGACUUUGGAGCAGGUCUCAGAGGUUGACAUGGAGAUGUUCCUUGUACAGAUAGAAACCUUGUUUCAUUCACAUUUUCUCCCUGAGCCUGGCUCUUCCUCCUCUCAUCUUCAUGAAGUAAUAACACAGCCUCAGUUACUGUCAUUCAUCUCCUCUGAGCCAGUCAACAGCAGCCUUGCUACGGAUGAGACGUGUGUUACUGAUUCUGACAGCCAAGAUGAAUUGUACACUACAGGACCUGUCAACCAUGUAAAAAGCUGUAAUGAAGAAGGACAGAAACUGUGUAAAUAACUAUAAACCUAAGAGUGUGAAUGGAAGAAGUUACCAGAGAGAAACCUGCUAC